AACAUUGUAUUAGAACACCAUAUGUUAAAAACACUGUUUUCUUUUCCCUUCCACACUCGUUUCAUGUUAUUAUUCCUCAUGGAGCAUAUACAUUAAAGUAAUAUAUCAACGUAUACAUUAUCUACCUUAAGUCUAUUAUGUUAGUUAUACACCAAAGUUAUAGUUGCGCUUUUCUCACCGUGGCAGUCUCACAAUAUACGAGUCGAUAUAUCUUAGUAUACGAAAAGCACUAAUCAUAUUAUACAACAAAAUUUAACAUCGUUUCGUAUGAAUAAAUAAUAUAUAGUAACCAUAGAACACGAUGAACAAGCAUUUUUGGUGGAUUUUGAUCUCACUUGUACUGCAAGUGACGACAAUUGGCGGACGAGGAUCAUCAGAUUUCGAUUUUGAACAUAAUUAUGUUAGUUUGACGGUAAUGCCAGACAUAGAGCAACAAGGGGGCAAGCGUAUAGCAGUGUCGUGGCAAGUGCUGUCUACAAAUCCAAAUGACUGGGUCGGAGUGUUUGGCGCAGACCCAGCGCAUAACCGUUCUCAAACUCCCACCAAGAUGGCACUUCGAAAGUAUUUGGUGAACACCACUUCUGGCUGGUUAGAAACUGAUCUGACAGUGCGCAUGAAGACCAUACAGCUACUUUGCCAUGACGGUCAAUUUAAUAGCCAUUGUUUCGAUUAUUGGGUGGCAUACGUUAGUGGCGAGACUGACACGUUAUUAGCAACAAACUGUCUUAAGAAUCAACCUAAUUGGAUGGAUAAAUUGACAGACGAUAUCAAAUCUUUAAGAUUAGAUUCGUUGUUUUUGCCAGGUACGCAUGACUCAGGAGCAUAUGAUACUACGCAAAAACGUCCCAUUUAUUUUGAAAAAUAUGUCUAUACUCAAGAUGUUGAUAUUUUAAGUCAACUGUGCCAUGGAGCCCGAUACUUGGAUUUAAGAGUAGGUUUUGAUGAUCAGUCUGAACAUUUAUGGUGGCUACAUCACGAAAUUUAUCCAGUAAGACCUUUAUCACACGUUCUUGAGGAUAUAAAGACAUUUGUGGAAGCAACAAACGAAAUCAUCAUUGUCGAAUUUCAUAAAUUCCAUACAGGUUUUUCAAAAAAUCUGUCCAAGCACCUUCAAUUAUAUCAAUUUAUAACAUUUUACUUGGGUAAACACAUGGCUAAAAUGGGAUGGCAUAAAUCGUUAAAAGAUUUACAAACUGAAGGACAUAGAGUAAUCAUAGCUUACAACUAUUUACCAAUGACACUAUGUACUAAUUAUGAAAACCUAUGGACACCUGUUCCUCGAUAUUGGCCAAAUGCUCAAAAAUUAACGUCAUUUGAAGACUACGUACGUUUCUAUAUGAAUGAAAUACGAAACGAAAGUGGUGUAACAGUUCUAAUGGCUGAAUUAACUCCUACUCCAUUGGACGUUAUUUUCAAUAGAGGUUAUGGUUUACGACAAAUGAGUUCGAUAAUUAAUGAAUCUCUAUUCAAGUGGUUUGCCAAGCCAGAGUGGGGAAAAAACUUCAACAUUGUCGCUGUAGAUUUUCUACAAAGUACCAACAUCAUCGAUGCAGCAAUUUAUUGGAAUAAGAAAAAAAUCAUUCCAUCCAAUAAGUGAUAAUAACCUUAAAACGAUUUUUAAAAAUCAAAACCAAUGUCAUUAUGCUCAUUAAAUUUAUACAUAAUAAUAUAGUUUGUUAUAUAUGAUUACUACUAUAAGAACAAAUGCAUAUAGAAAAUGUU